CCGAGAGAACAAAGCAGUUUAAUUUUCUCGUUUUCCACCAUGGCCGCCACUAAGCCUGCCCCGUACGAUUUCAAGAUCGAGCCCAAUGCCGACGCCCAAUUUCCUGCUGAAAAGGGUCGCUACCACCUCUAUGUUACGUAUUCGUGUCCAUUUGCCUGUCGAGCACUAGCGGCGCGCAACUUGCUCGGUCUCGAAGACGUAAUUGGUCUAUCAGUGGCGCACUCCGUUUUCCAGAAGACCAAGCCAGACGACCUGAAUGACGAGCACAAGGGUUGGGUCUUUGUGGACCCCGCAAAGUCCCCCACAAUGGUCGGCGUCAACGGCGAGACUUACCCGACGGAUGGCUGCGUGCCGGACACGGUGAACUACGUGGCGUUUGUGCGUGAUCUUUACGAGAAGGUGGACCCGGCGCCGCGUACGUUCUCAGUGCCCGUCCUGUGGGACAAGAAGAAGGGCACGAUCGUGUCGGAGGAGUCUUCGGGCAUCCUCCGUACGUUGGACUCGGGGUUCCGUGAUCUGGUGCCAUCCAACGUACACUUGUACCCUGAGGAGUUGCGAGCGGAAAUUGACGCUGCGAAUGACGGGAUUGUUGCUGAAGUCAGUUUCAAUUUCUUCAAGAAAAUGUUUGCUCCGACGCCCGAGGCUGCUGCUGAAGCGGAGACCAAGGCCUAUGAGGCCCUGGCCAAGCUGAACGAGCUACUAGCCAAGAAGAGAUUCUUGGUGGGAAAAGGUGUGACGGAGGCCGAUGUUCGUCUGUUCCACACGCUCAUCCGACUGGACACGUACCAGCCGAAGACAGACAAACACCUGACGGACUACCACAAUAUCGAGAACUACCUGCGUGAAUUGUACCAGAUACCUGGAUUGAAGACUACCGUCAAAUGGAGCCACAUCAAGAUCGGCAUGGUGAAUAAGGCCCCGCACGUUGUUGUGGAAGGUCCAUUUGUGGACUACGACUCAGCUCACGACCGAGCCAAGCUAGAUUAGGCUUAGCGUGGUCACUGGCUCGAGAUGCAACGAACCAGCAGUCUAACGUGUAUAUUGAAAGCUUUUCUUGGGAUUAUCAAAUUUAAAAACGAACUCUAA